GCUGGACAGACACAAGUAGAAGGUGGCUUCUUUCUUACGCCUUCUUAGUUGCCCAUAAACGUAUGCCUAGGGAAACAGAGGUCAGCCCUGAUACAUAUGGUUCAAUUUUAACAGAAGUAAGAGGACUUCAAUUUGAAGUACGAUUUGAGCAUAAGAUUAGGAGCUAGAAAUUCCUUGAUUCUAAUCUCACUCCUUUAAGAAAGAAAGAAAGACAAAAAUCCCCCUAAACAUCUGUGGAUUUGGACAAGUCACUUACCCUCUCUGCCUUGGUUCCCGAGCUGUACAAUGGGGAUAAAUACUGGGGCCUUGCGGAGUUGAAGAGCCCUGUAGACCUGCCAGCAUUUUGGAACAGAAACCGCAUUUUCAGAACUCUGCCCCAUAACGCUGGAGCUGCUUGGCCACCUUUGGUUUAGGAGCUUGUUCACUGCUUCUUGCCACUUCUGCCACUGAUCUGCUACCAGGUUCCCCUGCGAGGCACCGCUGAGGACGUUAGUGGGACAAAGAGCUGCAUCUGAAAUCUCCCAGCAUUUAUGUCAAGCUUAAAAUGAUAAAAUGUUUGAGAGAUUCUGGAAGGUGAGUUUAGGGCUGUUGGAAGCUGCAAGAUCAGCCUCCCAGGGCUUGACGGCCUCUAUCCAGCCAGAGACAGGGACAGCAGUGGGGCAAGAUUCCCCCCCACACCCUGGCAGGGAGCCUAACUCUGAUCAGGAGGGGCCUCCUCUAGCUCACCCUCCAUGACCUAGCAAGUCGUUGGUUGCCAAAAAAGGGGUCAAUUAUGACAGCGGGAAGAGUCAGCCACGCAAACUGGAACCAAACAGCAAGACCUCUGCUCCGGGUACCAGCCUCCUGCCCAGCAGGUCUCAGGGAGGGGGCCUUGCAUUAAGGUGGAUUUCUCUGACAUUGGCUAGUGCAUAAUCCGUUUAGCUCCAAGGUGAAUCACUGCAGUUUUCCUUUUAAGGAGAGCACCGUCUGGGAGGAAGUGGGGGGAGGGGUUCAUUGAGAGCUUCUCUGCCACGCCUAGUCGUUGCUCCAGGCUGAGACGCCAAGCCAAAAGCCGAUCCCGUCAGCAGAGCUGAACAGAGACUCGGAAGGCUCCCAGGGUGAUUGCCUGCUCCUUUUCAAACCAGCCUCCUUGCAAAGCGGUCUCCUUUCCACCAGCGCUCCCAGCCAUGGCGAGAAACCACCAGGUGCAAAAAGCCAAGCUGGCCGAGCAGGCCGAGCGUUACGAGGACAUGGCUGAUUUCAUGAAGGCAGUGGUGGAGCACGGGGAUGAGCUCUCCAAUGAGGAGCGCAACCUCCUCUCCGUUGCCUAUAAGAACGUGGUGGGAUGCCAGAGGUCCGCCUGGAGGGUCAUCUCCAGCAUCGAGCACAAGACUGAAGAGGGUGAUGACAAAGCGCAGCUGGUGAACGAAUACCGGGAGAAGGUGGAAGGGGAGCUGAAGGAUGUCUGCAACAUUGUCCUGGGGCUGCUGGACAAGUAUCUCAUUAAGAAAGCCAGCGAUGCAGAGAGCAAAGUCUUCUACCUGAAGAUGAAGGGAGACUACUUCCGAUACCUGGCCGAGGUAGCCACCGGGGAUGAGCGCAAAGAAACCAUAGAAAAUGCUCAGAAAGCUUACCAGGAAGCAAUGGACAUCAGCAAGAAGGAGAUGCAGCCCACGAACCCCAUCCGCCUGGGGCUUGCCCUCAACUUCUCCGUCUUCCAUUACGAGAUCGCCAACGCCCCAGAGCAGGCCAUCACGCUGGCCAAAACCACGUUCGAUGAAGCUAUGGGAGACCUCCACACGCUCAGUGAAGACUCGUACAAGGACAGCACCCUCAUUAUGCAGCUGCUCAGGGACAACCUUACAUUAUGGACGGCAGAGUGUGCGGGAGAAGACGGUGGAGAAGCCGCGGAAGAGCCUAAGAACUGAACUGCAGCCCACCACGCAAUGGUCAUUCUCCCUGUCCCUCCUCCUUUUUUGUAAGACACGUCUCGGCUCCCAGAAGCUCUGCCUGGAUUCCAACAGCAAAGGGGACUGACUGGUCUGUGCGUAUGGUAUUCACACGUUUUAUCUUGCCUUUUCUCAUGGCAGCUUUGGGACAAUUCCCCCUUCCCUGACCCUCUCCCCCUCCUUCCACAUUUCUUCCUGCUGGGGCAGUUACUGCUGUGGAAGAGCACUAAUAGCUUCACACAAACUUGGGUGUCCCACACAUUGUCAGUAACACCGGGGCUUCCUCAUCCCUCCAGCAUUGGGGCCUGGGGGUGCCUCGUGGCACUUAACAUUUAAAAAGGGGGAAGCUGAGUUUGGUUUUCAGGGUAAAGAUACCAAAACCUAGUCGAUUGCAGCUAGAGAGUGCGCUCUCCUUUGCUUUCUGUAGUGACUUAUUCUGCAGGGUUCCUCUCCAGCCUGCUGGGUAUUCCUUGCAGUCAGUAGGACGCUGGAGGUGUUGGGCCAUGGGGGGUUCUUUGUAGUGGGUUAAGAAUGACAAACUUGAGGUGCCUCCUGUAUUUGUGUAUUGCCAAAGCCACUGCCUGCCUGUCCCUCUCCAAUAAAACUGCACUUACGCUCCUG